CAUCUGCGCUCGCUCAAGAGCUUGGAGCCGGCCGACGAGGUGGAGGACGACCCCAAGGUGACGCUGGAGGCCAAGGAGCUGUGGGACCAGUUCCACAAGCUGGGCACCGAGAUGGUCAUCACCAAGUCCGGGAGGCGGAUGUUCCCCCCCUUCAAGGUGCGAGUCAGCGGCCUGGACAAGAAGGCCAAGUACAUCCUGCUGAUGGACAUCGUGGCUGCGGACGACUGUCGCUACAAGUUUCACAACUCACGGUGGAUGGUGGCAGGCAAGGCUGACCCGGAGAUGCCCAAACGAAUGUACAUCCACCCGGACAGUCCGGCCACGGGCGAGCAGUGGAUGGCCAAGCCCGUGGCCUUCCACAAGCUGAAGCUGACCAACAACAUUUCCGACAAGCACGGCUUUACGAUCCUGAACUCCAUGCACAAGUACCAGCCUCGUUUCCACAUCGUCCGAGCCAACGACAUCCUCAAGCUGCCCUACAGCACCUUCCGCACCUACGUCUUCCCGGAGACCGACUUCAUCGCCGUCACUGCCUACCAGAACGACAAGAUCACGCAGCUGAAGAUCGAUAACAACCCGUUCGCCAAGGGUUUCCGGGACACCGGGAACGGCCGUCGGGAGAAGAGGAAGCAGCUCACGCUGCCGACCCUGCGCCUGUACGAGGAGCACUGCAAGCCGGAGCGGGACGGCGCCGACUCCGACGCCUCGUCCUGCGAGCCCCCGGCCGCGCGCGAGCCGCCGCCCUCCCCCGGCGCCGCGCCCAGCCCCCUGCGCCUGCCCCGGGCGCGAGCCGAGGAGAAGCCGUGCGCGGCCGACAGCGACGCCGAGCCCGAGCGCCCCGGCGAGGAGCGCGCCGCCGCC